AUGUCGCCGUCCGAACCGCUACGCCUCACUGAUCGUGAUGCUGUCCUUGUGAAUCGGUUUCACUUUUGCGCCCACGGCUUUGAGGUCUGCAAUCUCUGCGAAUGCGAUGCGCGCAUGGCGAACGAUCAGAUCUUGCAAGGGACAUUCGAUCCCGAGAAGCUUGAAAAAAUGAGCGUGCAGGAGAUGAUGGACAAGAUGAUGAAGGGUAUGAUGGAGGCUUCGAAUUUUGAGAAGGAACUGCGGGCUCCCUUGUCAAUCGCGGACCUUGUUUUGGAUACGGGCGAACUGGAGUACGAGGACGACGGCAGCGUGAAUUAUAACGUCUGGGCCUGCAAGCCUCACUCGCGCAAGAACUGUAUUGCCUGCUUCGAUUGGCGUGGACUCAUCAACGCGGAGCAGAACAAAAAGAACGAUUCGUCUCAGGAGCGAGAGCGCGUACUGGCUCAAUUGCGUGCUAUGAAUGUGAAGCUGCCUGCUGGCACUAAACUUCCUCUGGACGAGCUGGAAAAGAAGCUGUCUGUGGCUCUGAGCUUGGUGCAAGACUUGUCAGAUCGGCCCGUUGAUCCGAGCAAGUUGCGAGCAUGGAAGGGAAAGGAGCCGCUCUUGGACGCUUUCAAGAAAGGAAAUUUGGCCGAAGCGUACGCGAACUUACAGUCCCAGAGCGAAGGGCGAGGGCCGCUUUCGUUUCCGCUCUAUGAGAACGCGUUCGUCGACCUGCGACAAACGGUCAUGCAUAUUGCCAAUAACUAUGAGAAAGGUCAACAGUGCUGCACCCUUCAAGAUAAUACUCAGCGAGAAGCCAUAUGCAUACGCGUCUUAGGCGUUCAUGAUUUGAAUGGCACUCCGCUCAUCUCACUUGUCUACGGUAUUGACGAUGGGCCAUCGAUGACCAAAGUCUUCGAGUUCAACGAUGCCCAGCGCAAAGCAGGAGCAAAAGGCUUCGCCCGGAUUCAUAGCACGAUUGAAGAACAGGCUCUGUUCCGUCGCCUUCUUCAGGUUAACGCGGAGAACAUUCCGUCUGGACUUACUGCAGAACUGAAGCCGGAAGAGCAGGGCUUUAAAGCGAGCUUCAUUGUACCCGUUGCGCCCUUGAGUCAGGUUCAAAUCGGAAAACUCACGACUAAUCUGGGAUGCCCCAUUUGCGGCAAGUCAGCGAAUAGCCGUUGCGCUGCGUGCCACUCUAUCUCAUAUUGCGGGCCUGUCUGUCAGAAGACCCAUUGGAAAGAGCACAAAGCGCAGUGUAAGCGCAUCCGUGGCGGAACUUGGCUCGAAGCAACAUUCUCCGAAAAUCCGAUCGUAAACGGACAGCAGAAGUAUGCGGGUGUCAUCAGCCAUACGGCCAACAAGAUGCCAAAAGUCAGAGACUCCCUGGGUCCUCCUGAUAAUGUCCAUGGCGACAAGGCAUUCCUCGUCAAGGUCCAGCGCCCGCUGAUGAUGUGGGCCGAUGGCUACCUUAGCAUGCUAGUCUACGAUCGCAACCGUACCUUCCAAGGCAACAUAUCUAAGCAAGAGAAUCCGAAGUUCUGGGAGGCAGCAAUGAAGCAGAUGCCCGAAGGCUCAUCGAAGGUCAAAAUAUAUCGUAACGCUCGGAGAACGGGGGAUUGGACAUUGAGCGUGUGCGUGGACAGCGAGCCCAGCGAAAUUCCUCAAUGGUAG